GCUUCCUCUGGGUGGGGCACCAACAGAUUGGAGAGAACAAGUUCUUUGGCCACCAGGGAAGAGGCUCCAGAUGCCCGCUCACCCGAAGGGAGCCUGACGUUAGUAGGAGCCAUGAGAGGCCUCCAGCUGGUUUUGCUGGUUUUCCUGCUGUGCUGGGAGCGUGUCCUCAGCCUGCAGUGCUACAGCUGUUUGGAACUGGAGAACACGAGCCAGUGCCAGCCCAUCCAAUGUCCCAUGUCCGGCGUCUGCUUCAACAGUGACAUGACCGUGACCUUGGGCAGUGGAAAGAAGGUAAACUCCCAGCACAAGGGCUGCGCCCCCUCCUGCGAGGUGGCCACGAAGAUUAUGAGGCAGCUCUCACAGAUGACUAACCCUGAGAGCCUGAGCCAGGGGGUCCUGACUAAGUUCGAAGUGCAGGAGGUGACGUGCUGUGAAAAGGACCUCUGUAACGGGGUGGCCCGGAUGGCACGCAGCUCCUGGGCCCUGGCGGGAGGGCUCCUGCUCAGCCUAGGACCCGCCUUCCUCCGGACCCUGCCGUGAGCACCCCGCAGGCCGGCCGGCAGGCCGGCCGGCGUGCCGGAGCUUCCUGCAACCUGCGCGUUAAGCAAGCUCGCGGCCUCACACACGCACGCGUACAUAUGCACCCACACACACACAUUUGCACCCGCACGCUCGCCCGCACACAGGCUUUCCUGCCCGCCCACCUGGCCCGCCCCGGCCUCAGGCGCCCAGGGCCCUGCCGCACCAACAAGUCUGUCCCGUUUUGCAAACACCAUCGACUGACCACCGACCCAAGAUGCAGAGGCCGCUAAGCCCCGGCUGGACGGGGGCCCCCAGGAAAGCGGAGCCCACAGCGCAGCCCGGGGCCCGCUAAUGGUGUGCCAGCCAGGACCGAAAGAGAAUAAACGCUUUCAACACCCCA